GCUGCGGUUGGGCGCUUGUUCUGUUCCCUCCGGCCCGGCUCCCGCCGGCGCUUCGGCGCACCCCCUCGCUGCCCCUCCGCGCGACUCCCCGUCAUGGCGGCUCUCAGCAAGUCCAUCCCUCAUAACUGCUACGAGAUCGGCCACACUUGGCACCCUUCCUGCGGGGUCUCCUUCGUGCAGAUCACCAGGGGCGCCCUGGAGGAGUCCCUGAAGAUCUACGCUCCCCUGUACUUGAUUGCAGCAAUUCUCCGGAAACGAAAAUUAGACUAUUAUUUACACAAACUACUCCCUGAGAUCCUACAAUCUGCUUCAUUUCUGACUGCUAAUGGGGCCUUGUAUAUGGCUUUCUUUUGCAUUUUAAGGAAGAUACUUGGAAAAUUCUACUCUUGGAGUCCUGGCUUUGGUGCCGCUUUGCCAGCCUCUUAUGUGGCCAUUCUAAUUGAAAGGAAAAGCAGGAGAGGGCUUCUCACAAUUUAUAUGGCCAAUUUGGCCACAGAAACACUAUUUAGAAUGGCAGUAGCAAGAGGAACCAUCACAACAUUAAGAAAUGGAGAAGUCCUUUUGUUCUGCAUCACAGCUGCCAUGUACAUGUUCUUUUUCAGGUGCAGAGAUGGUUUGAAAGGAUUUACAUUCUCUGCUCUUAGGUUUAUUGUAGGGAAGGAAGAAAUUCCCACACAUUCUUAUUCAGCAGAAGCAGCAUAUGCAAAAGUGGAACAAAAGACAGAGAAACAUGAAGAAAAGCCAAGAAGAUUGAAUAUAAUUGCUCUAAUCAGGAAACUUGUGGAAUCAGUAUGUAAGCAUGGACCAAGGCAUAGGUGUUGCAAACACUAUGAAGAUAAUUGCAUCUCUUAUUGCAUUAAAGGUUUCAUCAGAAUGUUUAGCGUGGGAUACUUGAUCCAGUGCUGCCUCCGAAUCCCCUCUGCAUUCAGGCAUCUGUUUACACAGCCAUCCCGGCUAUUUUCUCUCUUCUACAAUAAAGAAAACUUCCAGCUCGGAGCUUUUCUGGGCUCUUUUGUUAGUAUAUACAAGGGUACUAGUUGCUUCCUGCGCUGGGUCAGAAACCUGGAUGAUGAACUGCAUGCUAUUAUAGCUGGAUUUUUGGCAGGAGUAUCAAUGAUGUUUUAUAAAAGCACAACAAUUUCCAUGUAUUUAGCUUCCAAAUUGGUGGAGACAAUGUAUUUCAAAGGCAUUGAAGCAGGAAAGGUUCCCUAUUUUCCCCAUGCAGAUACGAUCAUCUAUUCCAUCUCUACAGCAAUUUGCUUCCAGGCAGCUGUCAUGGAAGUUCAGACCUUGCGGCCAUCUUACUGGAAGUUCCUUUUAAGGCUCACCAAGGGCAAAUUUGCUGUCAUGAACCGAAAAGUCCUUGAUGUUUUUGGUACUGGUGCAUCUAAACACUUUCAGGAUUUUAUCCCUAGGUUGGAUCCAAGAUAUACGACUGUAACACCAGAGUUGCCCAUUGAGUUUUCUUGAAGAUGACUGUAAUUUAUUAAUGUGACCUAAUGUUUCAUUAUUUUCUUCUGAAGAGUUAAUUAUGUUGAAUCACAAAAACGGAGUCUUGAGCUUGAACUUCAGUGUUAUUUCAAUGAGAGAUGCUCUUUGUUUUUCUUACCAAUCAGAAGUACAGAAGCUUUUUAGGAAGGUGUUGCUUAAUAAUUAAGUGCCCUUCCAUAGCCGGAAUCUGAUUCUGGGUCGCUGUAGUGGUUGACAUGAUGCUGUAUUAUUGAUUAAGUUGUGUCCACAAGCAACCUUAAAUAAUCUAUGUAGAAAUGUAGUAACAAAUAAGAGUAUACUUAAAAUUACUUUAAAAGAUGUUUUUAGUUCAUUCCAAUAUAAUUCUUGGUUAAAACUAAGAGUAUUUCUACGUGUUAGGAUCACGGGUACAUGGAUUUGGUCUGUAUUUUUUUUUACUUUUGAAUUGGUAACUAUAGUAGUUAAAUGUAUGGAUAUGAAGUAACUCUUCACAGACAAUGCUGCUUUAGUAUAAAGCAAUUUAAUUGAAGAAAGUGGCCAUUCUUACUUCAGGGAUGCAAAGACGGGUCUUAUGCUGUUUGAAUAAAUGCUGUGGUAUCCAUGUCUUCUUCUGCUGAUAACUUCAUCUCUCUCCCAUGAUGAGUUGGGCUGUCUGGCAGCCCAGUGAACCUCUGUACUGAUGGCAGGUUGGGAGUAAAUGGAAAUUGACAUACCUGAUACAGUCGAAAUGUAUGUUUUAAUCUUUUGCAGAAGCAUUACACUUGAAUAUUUAAAAGCAAAUGAGGUUGCUUCUAAACCUCUCGUGGGUUUAUAGUAUUUGUUUUGUUUUCACUUAUAAGGACGGAAUUCUUCAUGGCUAAGGUUGUCUCCCAUUGUAGAUUUAGAAGGGAUCAAAGUAGUUUUGGCAAGUUUGUCAUUUUGUGCCCUCUCGACCGUUCCACCUACACAAUGGAUAUUUUACAACUACAAACAAUAUAACAAUCUGGUGGUUCUUAAAAAGUCCAUUUCAUCACUAAUGGGAUUCAGGUUCUCUAGCCUCUUUUCAAAAACUUAUUGUCACCAUUUUUAUUCCUGUUAGAAUAAAGAAGUGACAGUAUGUAGUCACUGUUGAUUAUGAGUUCAGGACAGCUGUGAUUAAAAUAUGAUUACUCCUUAGAGUUUUUCAGGGAAAAGUUAUACUUUUCUAAGUUAAUAAAAGGCUUAAUUGGUUAUGAUGUCUAUCUACAGUUAAUAUAACAAAUAGGGAUGAUGGUAUAUUUUUUUAAUAUCAUUUUGAUGCUGAAAAGUUUUGGGCCAUUGUAAAUUAAUUAUACAGUAGAACCUGUGUUGCAACAAGGAUUAUAACCCAGACUUUAAAAAUGCUUAAUCCUCCAUAUUCCAUUUCAUCAAGCCCUGUAUAUUUCUAUUUACGUGUAAUCCUAUCCUUGGUAAUGGCAAAUUGAAACCCAACAAAACGACAGACUCUGGUACCAUGGUAACAGAGAGAGCCACUUCAAUUAGGUCAAAUUUCUGCAUUGUGAUUAACUUUUUGGAAUUGACUUGUCUAUUAGACAACACUGUUAAGGCAUCAUUUUGGUUUCAGACUUCAAAAUUGAUUAAUAAAUUAAGUUUUAAGUUUUUAUUCACUGGAAUCAAAAUGACAACUGGUAUUGUGUUUACUUUUAAAAAUGAAGUAUUAUAGCAGUGAAGAAAGCACUGCUUCCUGCCCCUCAUUUUCUUUAUUUAGAAAUUAUGUUUAUAAUAUUUUUCCUGUCUGCUUAAAAGAAAAACAUUUUAAUUCGUAAGUUACUGUUGUCAUUAACAUUAAAAAGGCUAUGAUGUUGAAAGACAAAUUCUACUGAAAUUU